UGAUCGUGUCCGAAGUGCAGUUUGAAGAAUCUGCGAGUGGUGUCGCCUCUGCUGUGGGCCAGUUCGUGUCCGGCGAUGGACGUGUUGGCAAAUCCUUGCCCGGCUUAUACACUGGCAUGAGCAAAGUUUCAAGGGAGCUGACGUUCAGAAACGCGAAGAGAAAAAUUAGCCAGUUGUGUGCCAAACUGCAACUAAACCAGCAUUGCCAAGACACGGCGUUCAACUUUUUCAAGAUGGCGUUGCACAGAAGACUGACUGCCGGAAGGAAGAACGAUCUCGUGGUUGCUGCCUGCAUCUACAUCACGUGCAGGACCGAAGGAACUUCGCAUUUGCUGAUCGAUUUCUGUGAUACUCUGAAAGUUGGCGUUUAUGAGUUGGGACGGACGUUUUUGAAGCUUUCCUCGGAGCUCCACAUCAACAUACCGGCCAUUGAUCCCUGCUUGUACAUCCUGAGAUUUGCUCAUAAACUGGAAUUCGGUUCGAAAACCCACAAAGUUUCCAUGACUGCGUUGCGGUUAGUGCAACGAAUG